CUGCUUUAGAUGUUGAAAGUCUAUUACCUUUCUAAAUCUCGACUCUUUCUUGCGAAAGCUGCUAAUUGAUCUUGCUGGAGAGGAACACAGAGUAUUCUUUCGUCAAUGUUAUGUCAGCACCACCCAUGUUCAGGCCCGGCACGCUGCAGUUUAAAAUAAUAGUUUAUAGCAUGAAUAAAUGAAUAGCAUGCGUACAUUUGUGGCAUCCACAUGACACAUAACAUGAGAUCUAGUGGCAGAUUCCAUUCAGUGAAUGGCGAGAGAGAAGAAAUAUCAACUCACCACGCCUUCCCAGCACUGGAAAAAUUCCUGACCUGGAUUUUUUUUUUUUUUUGCCCCCUUCCUGGCAUAAGUAGCUGUUUGUAAUAAUAGCUCUGAUGACAUAGGCAAGCUGUUGCAGGGUAUCUAAUAUUACAUCAGAUCACAGAUUGAGGCUGGAGGAGAGAAAACAUCUUGCUUGGCAAAGAUUCCACCUACAAGCGCCCUGCUCGCUUCUUCUGGCGGGCAGUGAUCAACCGGGAGAUGGAUCGUGGCCUUCUACUGCCAGUCAUGGUGUGAAACCAUGCUGUUGGAUCUCCACCAACCAAAUAGUCACUUUGAACAGAUGGUUGGAAGAAAUUAAGUGAUGUAUUUCUGCAGCGGCUGGUACUAAGGAGUUGGUCUUCAACGGCUUAGUGAAAGAACAGGACAAAGAGAAGAGAGAGAGAGACAGAGACAGAGGGAGAUGUGAGUAUGCUAGAAUAUAUGAAGGACACGUAUACAUGGAGAUGGAGGGGCGCAGUGGCUCAGCUGUUAAAGACAUUGAGCUUGUGACAUCCGCUCCUCUUUCGUUGGCUUUGGGCUGUUUGCGCAUCUCUUCUCUCUCGCUCUCUCGUUGCGAUGGAUCCCCAGAAUUGUGGCUGCGCCACCGGUAGUUCUUGCUCCUGCAAUGGAUCCUGCAAAUGCAAAAACUGCAAGUGUACUUCGUGUAAAAAAAGCUGCUGCUCUUGCUGCCCAGCCAGCUGUGACAACUGUGCAAAGGGCUGUGUCUGCAAAGACCCUUCUCUGAACAAAUGCAGCUGCUGCCCCUGAACCCCUGACCACUUUUUUUUCCUGUAACUAGGUUAAAUCUGUUGUGCAGUAAAUAUGAUUUUUCAGGCUACAGCAAUGCGUGUUGUCAUUGCUUCUAGCUGGAGAGCAUGAAAAUAAAGCUGACUAA